AUGGGGGCAUGUCCUUCUAGAAAGUCCAAAAGGCACAUCACACUUCUCAUGAUUGGUCUUGACAACGCUGGAAAGACAUCGACAACGAAGCACCUGUUGAGAGGCACGUAUGCCAAUCCUGAGGACGUGGUUCCCACGGUGGGCUUCUCGAGCGUCGAGACUGAGCGCUGCGGUUCCCACGUGACCAUUUGCGACCUGGGAGGCGGUGCGAAGAUCCGCGCCAUCUGGGAGUGCUACUACGCACUCGCCCACGGCUUGGUACUCGUGGUGGACGCAUCGGCGACGCACAGGGCGCCGGAGUGCCGCAGCACCGUAGCACAGGUGCUGGCCGACCCUCGGAUCGGCGGGAAACCUUUGCUAGUACUACUCAACAAGCAGGACCUCGAAACGGCCGUCGACGAAAUGGAGAUGUGCUCACUGCUAGACCUAGAGAACGUGGUCAACCAGCACAGAUGCCCCACCAGAGUGGAGAACUGCUGCGCCAUCAGAUUCGGCGGCCGGAAGCGCAAGCGGGACCCGGGCAUCGACAAGGGCUUCCAGUGGCUCCUGGGACACAUCGGCCGCAACUGGGAUGAGCUCAGCGACAGGGUGGAGCGGGACACGGCGCUACAGCGCGAACAGGAAGAGAGGGAGAAGGAGCAGCGCCUCGCCAGGGUACAGAAGGCCAGGGAGCUCAGGGCCAAGGCACGCGCAAAAGAAGACACCAUACCUGAAGAUGAAGGCGACACAAACGGCAACAAAAUAGCCAGUUUCGAGCACGAGCAGGAAGAUGGAAAGAUUGAAUGCUCCAGAGAAGAGGAUCUACAGGAGGAUAGAAAAAUGGAGACACCAGAUGGUGCCCGCUUCAUAGUUGUCAGUCCCGUUCAGUGCCAUUGCUCACCAAGCGGCGAAGCAGAGAAGCAUAGCUUGUCUGAAAGUCAUUAUGAGGGGCCGCUUUCAAACGACCGUCGUCCAUCUACGCCCUCGAACAAGACUUUGGGACUUUCGCUCUACAUCCCGGAUGCAUCCUGCCAGCCAAUGACUCAGAUAGAGAUGUGA